ACGCGCCUUAAAAGUUAAGUGUUUCCCCUCUUUUCAUGCCCCUUUGCUUUUUCUUUUCCCCUUUUUUAUAUAAAUAAAUAUGAAUUAUGUAAAAGCGUUUAUUCUGCCUCGUAGUUAAUGUUCACAUUUUAUGUACCAUAACGAUACCACCCGCUAUCCAAAAAAAGAGAUAAAAAGAACAAUCCACAAACAAAUACGGAAAAGCGGCAAAAAGGAAGGUACGUAAAGGGCAUAAUACAUAUCGCAACUGCGUAACGAAAGGAAACCACGCGAAAUAAAGUAAAGCGAGCACAUAUUCGUACGUAAGAGCGAGGAAGCAAAACAAGUCGUACAAAAUGGCAACCACAGAGAGUAACCAGCCAAUCCCCCCUGAAGAGGAAAAGGAAAUCUCGUCCCUCCUGGAAAGCAUAAAAAUAGAUGAUGAGAAGAUGACCGAUCUGACGGAGGAACAGAAGGAGACACUAAAAAAACUGAAACUGUACCAGAAGGAGUAUUAUGAUUACGAAUCUAAGUUUGAGUACGAGUUAUUUUUGUUAAGGCAAAAGUACCACGAUUUGUAUGGGCCGAUUUAUGAUAAGAGAAGAGAAGCUUUGGUAGGAAAUGGGGAAGCAAAAAUUGGUACUCCAAAUUUGCCUGAAUUUUGGUUAAGAGCAUUGAGAAACAACAACACAGUUAGUCAUGUUAUAGAAGAUCACGAUGAAGAAAUUUUAGUGUACCUAAAUGACAUUCGAUGUGAUUAUAUAAAAAAAAAUAAGGAGAAAAAAGAAGGAUUUAUUUUGUCCUUUCACUUUGCAUCCAAUCCGUUCUUUAGCAACUCCGUUUUGACCAAAACGUACCAUAUGAAAUGUGUAGACUGUGACAAUGAACCAGUGUUGUUACACACGGAGGCAACUGUUAUCGAUUGGUAUGACAAUAAAAAUAUUUUGAAAAAGAACGUUGUUAAAAAACAACAUAACAAAAAUUCAAGAGAAGUGAAAACGGUACAGCAAACCGUUAACAGGGAUAGUUUUUUUCAUUUUUUCACAAGCCACAAAGUUCCCAACUCAAAUGUUAUAAAGCAGUUAAGUAAACAUGAAGUGGCCCAGUUGGAGAUGAUCAUAGAGGGAGAUUACGAAGUGGCCUUAACCAUUAAGGAAAGAAUUAUUCCAUAUGCCGUUGAUUAUUACUUGGGUAUCAUAAUCGAAAGCGAGAGCAACAGCAUUGUGAGUGACGUGGACAGUAGCUACAGUAGCAGCGAAAAUAAUAGCAACUAUAAUAGCUACGAAAGUAACAACAGUGCAUACAAUGAUGAAAAUAGCAACGUCGAUACGAAUGAAUUUGACGACAAUGAGGAAGAUGAAGAGGAUGGCGCUAAGAGCAAUGAGGAGGCUCUGACUUCCUAA